UUAAGAUUUCCAUCUCGUCUUACAGAAUAGCAAUACGACUUCUGGCUUGUGUCAAAAUAAUGCGACCUUCUAACGUCCGAUAGGCCCGAUCUCAGGCUUUCAGGCUUCUCAUCGGUCAGGGGCAGAUGACCCAUUGGCUGAUCAGGUUGCGGACCGUGGUUAUCUCUCUGUGCACUGAGACUCGACGCUGUUGCACACCACUUGCAUCAACACUUUCGGUUCUGUAUACUUUGAGGCUUGGAAACGGGAAACUGAAUAGUCAAAUUAACAGCUUCAACGAUGGCUAUGAAGAUCCCCUUGAAAGAAGCAUUUGCUGCUGGUAAAACUGCAUUUGGUGCGUGGGGAACGAUUCCAGGUGCAGGUGCUGCGAGGACUGUUGCGAGUACACCUGGGCUUAGUUGGGUUGCUGUCGAUGCUGAACAUGGUCAAAUUAACGAUACGCAUCUGUACACACACACAACUACGAUCUCCGCUGCGGGUCGUUCUCCUAUCGUGCGCGUACCCGACUCAAGCGCGUGGUGGGCUAAACGCGCGCUGGAUGCAGGAGCACACGGGUUAAUGGUUCCUCUUCUCAAGAAUGCGCAAGAUGCGAAGGAUAUUGUGAGAAACUGUAAAUAUCCACCUAUAGGCGAGAGGGGAUUCGGACCAAUGUAUACACACCAUGCGUUUGGCGAGACUUGCACUACUGAAGAAUAUAAAGCAGGUGCUGGGGAUUUGUUCGUUCUUGGACAGAUCGAGACGAAGGAAGCGGUAGCAAACUUGGAGGAGAUCGCGCAGGUUGAGGGGCUCGAUAUUCUCUUUAUCGGACCAUUCGAUCUUGCACUUAACCUGGGCGUCAACUUUGGUGGUGACGCACAUGAAGAGGCGAUCCAGAAAGUAUUGACGAUCUCGCACAAAUAUGGAAAGAAAGCUGCUAUUUACUGUACCAAUGGUGAUCAAGCUCGCCAUCGCGCCGAGCAAGGCUUUGAUAUGAUCAGUGUUGCAACCGACGUUGACGUGCUUGCACAGACGUACGCCGCAUAUAUGCGUGCUGCAACAGGGCAAAGCACACAGGUUGGAAGCGGUUACUCGACGAAGUGAAUUGAUUUAUGUUUGGAUUUCGCCUUGCUUACCUAGAAAGCGGUAAAUUUGGCGUGAAGUACAAAUUAUGACAGAUGAAAGGUUGAUAGGGUAAAGGAAAGAGGGAAUGGAAGAUCUUGCUUUCUGUUGUAUUGCAUUGAAAGAGAUUGAACAACAGAGAUUUCUUACUCACAACACUGUCAGU